GGCUUGUCUGAUCUCUUUUGCAAAAGCACAUUAACGCUCUGGACGAUGCCUCCAAUACCAGAAGAGACAAUGUCAUCACAAAGCUUGCACUUCACAGCUUCGGCUCCUGCUGCCACCGCCAAGUCCGUCUCAAAAGGUCGUGAUACGGUGCUAACACUAGUCGUCGAUGCAGCCCCGCUUAUUAAAGGCACCCCAUUGGGCCACUUGGCUGAGGGCUUCAUCACAAUUCCCGAAGUCUUAAAAGAAAUACGGGAUCGCCAAGCUCGGCAGGCACUUGCACAGUUGCAUUUUGAUUUGGAAACACGGGUCCCGUCAGAAGAAGCUAUGGCGGCUGUGAUUUCAUUUUCCAAAAAAACUGGAGACUUUGCGUCUCUCUCGGCGACUGACCUUAAGGUGUUGGCGCUGACUUGGAUGAUUGAAAAGGAAGUUAGAGGAGUGGAGCAUUUGAGGACUGAACCCGUGAACCCGCAUGCGCGGAAGGGUGGAAAGUCAAAUUCUAAAACAAAUCAGCAACCAGCAGCACAAAAGAGUGAGGAGGGCGCAGCGUCUAUCAAUAACGCUGAGGUAACAACACGCACUAUAGAACAGAAGGAUCCUGGUUUGAAUGGCGAGCAAGAUGAAAAGCGGGAACUGGAGCAGAAGCGAGAAUUGGAGGAAAGCAGUGCGGAAAAGGCAGUGAACGAACACGAGGAACCCACGCAUGAUGCUGAUGAGGAAGUAGAGGUGAUAGAGUCGGAUGAGGAUGAGGAGGUGGAAGGGAAUGAGGAUGACCGAGAAGAGAGUGAAGAGGAUGAUGAAGAUGAGGUAGUGGACGAAGAGGGCGAUGCACCAACAGACGCGGAGAUACAAGCAGCACAACAGAGACUAGAAGCUUUGUCGUUAAGUCGUAAAGAGAACGAGUCAAUCCCAACUCCUACUAUGGAUGAACAUGAAGACGCGGAUGAUCAGGGAGAAUGGAUAUCGACAUCCAGAAAUGGGCGAAAGUCCAAAUCCAAAGGACGGAAUCUAGGAGACGAAGAGGGUUGGAUCACACCCGCCAAUGUGCAAAAACACAAAGCGCGGCAUUUGUUUGGAACCCCACAAAGCAAACAACAAAAGGCACCCGAGGUCAUUCCGGUUGCUUGUAUUACCUCGGAUUUUGCUAUGCAGAAUGUACUAUUACAAAUGGGUCUACGACUUCUUUCUGUUGACGGAGUCACUAUCACACGUGUGAAAAACUUUGUCCUUCGUUGUCAUGCUUGUUACAAAGUCACGAAAGAUAUGGAAAAGAAGUUUUGCCCGUCCUGCGGCAACAGUACUCUCAUCCGCACGACUGUUGGCGUCGAUUCAGAUGGGAAGGUUACAUACUACUUGAAGAAGAACUUCCAGUAUAAUACCCGAGGGACAAAGUACAACAUUCCACUCCCAAAAGGCGGUCGACAGAACGAUGACUUACUUCUUCGUGAGGAUCAACGAGAAUAUCAGCGUGCAUUGAAUUACCAACGACGGGCGAAAACCUCUGUGGAUCCUUUUGAUCUUGAUUUCGUUCCAUUGGAUGGGAAAACUGGUUCUCAUAGGGGGGGAAUGCCCACUAUUGGGCACGGAAGGAAGAAUGUAAAUGUGGCCAAGAAGAGUCGUCAGAAGCGAAGAUGAGAAUCUGUAGCAUUGGUUGUUAAUUAGCUGUUAGAUAUCUCGAGAAGUGUAGACAGCGUAUAUAUAGAGAUGUUGAGUGGUCUAUUACUGCUUUAUCAUGUUGAUUUUCUUUCUUUCAAUCAUCAUACUAUGUGAAUAGUCUCCUUAUCCAAGCUUUCAAUCUUACGUACGCAGAUUUAAACUACAAUGCUUGCUUCAUCUCCUGGACCUU